AUGGCGUCUGCUUCUGGUGUUUUGAUUGACCAAGACUGCAUCACCGCGGCCAAUGAUCUUCGAUUUGCAAAAGGAUCGAGUAAGAUCAAGUUUGUUAUCUUCAAGAUCACCGACGACGAGCAGCGCGUUGUUGUUGAAGAGACUUCUCCUGAUGCUGAGUAUGAGACUUUCCGCCAGAAGCUUCUCUCGGCGGUUGACAAGUCUGGGAAAUCGGCUCCGCGCUAUGCACUCUACGAUGUCGAUUACGACCUUGGAGAAGAUGGGAAAAGGACUAAGACCAUCUUCAUAUCUUGGGUUCCACAGACCUCGCCUAUCAAGCUUCGCAUGCUCUACGCUAGUACGAUGGAAUAUUUGAAAAAGGCAGUCAACAUGAGUGUUUUUAUUCAUGCUGAUGAUCAAGAGGACAUUGAGUGGGAGGAGUUGGUCAAGACUGCAAGUGAUGGCAAAGCCAAAUGA